AGGUGGAGCUUGAAGGGAUAGUCAGGGGAUUUUUGAUUUCACAGUAUAAGUUGGUUGUCUUUUCGGUUUGGCACUUCAAAGCAGUUCCAGAGCUCAUAAACAAAUGCACAAAUGGCAUAUAUCUUUGCACCGGUCUUGGUUCAGUUUCCAGGGACAUUUCAGCAUCAAUGUGAACCCUGGCAGUGUGUUAAAGGAGAUCCUAAGGACGUUCUGCCUGUUCCCUACCAUUCGGAGCUUAAAAACACCGUUCACGCCGGCCUUAAGGUCAAUGAGCCACAGUCAUCUGUAUCUGGGCCCAUACAUGUGAAUGUCUUUGAUGGUUCCAAAGGCACCAGUGUUGCUUUGAAGCUGAACAGCAGAGACACCAUCGGGAAACUGAAGCAGGAGUACUUGAAGAUAAAACCAGGCUCCGGAGAAACCCUGAAUCUCAGCUACAACGGGAAACCCGUGGGGGAAAAACAGACCCUGUCUGAGCUACAGGUGAAACAUGGAGCCACAUUCAUCAUCUUCUUUAGAUGCCCCGGAGGUUAAGAAGAUGCAGAAGCUGUCAAAACUUUUUCUUUGAUUGUUGUUUUCUUCUUUCCAUUCAUGGUUAAAUGCAUUGUUCAAUAAUAUUCUCUUUUUUCAACUUAAAGUUGAUUUCAUAAUGUUAAAGUUUUACUUUAAAUCACUUCUGUUGCCGUUAUAUGCUGGUGUUGGAAAACAUACUUAGUCACUUUUAGUUUCACUUUACAAUAAUGAAACCAAAACAAAUAUGAAAGGAAAUGUAUGUUAAUAUAAUUUGUGUUUCUUGCAAAUAACAGAAAUAUGUAUGUCAGAAUAUUUGUACACCAACUGUAAAUGUAUUUGUUAAAUAAAUUCACCCUCUGCUUAAGUUA